AUGCAAGCACAAUACAGUCGUAGCACGAGCAGUUCAAGUGUUUCAAUGGCGCGUGAGUCGGUAUGGAAACGGACGAAAGCAUAUUUUCGCAGAAUGCGAGGCAAGAAGGUUGGCGGUUGGAUCGCCCUUUUACUUCUUUUGAUGUUCGGAGAAGAAUGUUCUGCUUAUUCGAGCAGUGAUGUUCUCCUUCCAAAUUAUAUUAUUCAAUCUUCAUAUCAGAGUGAAAUCGAACGACAUGUCAUAGCAUGGAAGCUGCCAGUGAAUGGCAUAGGAGAUAAAAUCAUAGAAAUAUUCUACGGAUCUUCCAAUGUUAUGGAUUAUAUUGAUGCAGAUGGUGCAGCUCUUCUUAUGACAACUGAAACCAAUAUCGCACCAAAAGCUCAUAAACAAAUAAAUAUUAUGGCUAAUUUCGAUUCAAGAGAGGUACGACGACAUUGGAUUGAGGGAGAUAAUGGAAGUAUUUGUGUAUUCUUCCAUAAUAGACUGGUUACGGAAUCCCCACCGAAGUGGAUAGACGCUAAAGAUUUCACGGCAAUAAUAUUCACAACGGGCAUUGCCUCGCUAGGAUAAACCAGGCCUCGAGGCAGAAUUCAAUUCCCCGCUUUUACAACAUUCAAAUUGCGCCUCAGCUUGUCUACGGAAAAUAGAGGCUCAUGAUAGAGAAACGUGAACAAAUUUUGACAUUAAGGCAAAUAGACAAUUACGGCAUUACGUCUUCAUGACGUCAAUUUUUGUAAAUGAUGAGACGUAGAAAAAAAUUUAAUGGAAAAAUUAGUGCUUUCGUUAGCAAAUUCUAUGGAGCAUCUAUUGGUAUUCAGUGAGGGCUCUCUCAGAAUUGAAUCCAAAUUCUUUUAGAAUUUUAUUCGAUUUCUAAAUAUAACAUCCCAUCCCAUGAAUUCGCUAAAGACCAAAAUCACUUUGAUGAAAAAAAUUGGUUGAUAAUAAAAAUAAUCAAAUGUGUAUUGAAAUGUUCACGUAACGAUUUAACUUAUUGAAUAAUGUGUUAAAUUCAAUAAAACGAAAAUUAAAACCUUA